UCCAGGCUUGAGUCCUAUGAUAGGAACAAGAACUUUUUACCACCGCCUGUUCUUCUGCCAGAACCUCUAGAUGUGAACUGGCCAUCCACUGGAUUUCAACAAUUGAAGCCAGAUCACCAAGGACUUUUACCUAGUGUAACAAGGGACCAAACAGAAGCCUACUUUCUUCACCGCCUUGCAGGUGAUAAUGACUCGGCAAGAAAUAUUAAGGCCAUCAAGAAUGGUGAAUUGUUGUACGAUUCGAAGAGAAUCCUGGCGUGUUCUGUGCUCAUUCAGGCCGACAUAUUUUUUACGGGAAUAGUCAGUGCAGCCAUGAAAAAUAAGGUGACAUACAACUACAAGCUUCGACUAGAAAAGCAAUCCGGAGAUAUUUUAAGUUCCCACUGCGAAUGUCCUGCUGGUAAGGGCCCAAACGGAACGUGUAAGCAUCUAGCAGCAGUGAUGGUGAUGCUGGAGAAGUUCACUGGGUUAGGAGAACUGACUGGCAUUGAGAAAACGUGCACAGAAAACCUUAUGAUGUUCAAUAAACCAAAGAUUUCCCAUAAAGGAUCACCAGUAAAGGUAGAACAUCUUUCACGAAAACGCAAGUCAGAGUCAAUAUUAGAUGAUCCCCGUCCAGAGAAGAGGAGGAAUAUGGAGGGUUUUGAGGACAGGGUGAGGAACAUCCUCAUCAAUUAUACCGCAAAAUCGUCGGCAGAUAUUGCCUAUCGCUACUUAUUCAAAGGAGCUGAUUUGAAGUCUGCAGUUCAUGAUCAUGAUUAUCUCUCACUACCUUUCACUGAGUAUUGGGUUGAUGAAGCAUUGAAGGUGAAUGAUUUGGAGAGAGAGAAGAUAGAAGUUGCAACACGUGGGCAAUCGACUAACAAAAAAUGGUUUGGAGAGAGGACCUGGAGACUAACUGCAUCUAACUUUGGACAAAUAUCCCAUAUGACGGACAGGCGAAACAAGGACAAAUUAUGUGAAUCAAUAUUCUCAUCAAAGCAGAUUAACUCUUUAGCAACAUUGCACGGUAAAAAUUAUGAAAGGAAAGCUAUAAAAUGUUUUGAAUCUGAAUACAAAGUUAAAGUUAAGGGAUGUGGCUUUUUUAUUUACACAGAAAAACCAUUUCUUGGUGCUUCCCCAGAUGGAAUUAUUGACGAUAUGCAUAUUGUUGAAGUUAAAUGUCCAUAUUUAGGUCGAAAUGUAAAUAUCGAAUUAAAGUGUCUGAAGUAUUUUAGGUAUUUAGAGCAAAAAAAUGGAGUCAUUCAACUUAAGAAAUCAUCAAAUUAUUAUGAUCAAAUUCAAGGUCAAUUACUUAUCACUGGAAGGCAAUUUUGUUAUUUUGUAGUUUAUACUUUUAAAUCACUGUUUGUAGAAAAAAUUGAAUUUGACCAGGAGUAUUGUAAAUUUUGUUUAGUUCCUAAACUAGAUCUGUUUUAUAGAAAGUGGUUCCGACCAUUUGUUGCUUCAAAGUUGUAUGCAAAAUACUCUGGUAAUUCUUGCAGUGCAAAAUAUUGAAUGCAUUUUAUAAGCCUACCAUAUUUAUUAUAUUGCUGCCAGGAAAAUAUAUUGUGCUGACAUUCAUUGAUCAACUCUUUGUAAACAUUAAUUGCUGUAAAAUUAUUUAAGGAAUCACUGUCUAGUUAGCAUAUAGUGUCAUUGUGAAAUAAAAUUGUACAUAUAAAUUUAUAAAAUGUAGAUUUUAAAAUGUAGACUAUUAGAUUUAAAUUACUUCCAUGUCAAUUUCAAAUGUACCCACCCACUGAC